GGGAAUGAAUGGACGUGUGUCCGCUUAUCGUCUACGGCGACGUCUAAGGGUGUCCUCCUCGGUAGAAGGGAAACCGAUAUACGGUGUCAUGAUGUGUUCGUUCGAAUAAUAACGGGUGAUUUUCGCAUAGUAUCGAGUUGACCAUCGCCUAGUUCACAUCGAUUGAAGACGUCUGCCAAAGGACGAUUUAUAUUAAGUACAUGAGUCAUAACUGAUAGUGUGUGUAGCCAUAGCAUCUGCUAUUGACGAAGUGAAUUUACGCGCUAGAUAAGAGUGUGUGAUGUCAUAAGCCUCCGCGACGGUUAAAAUUGUGGAGGAAACAACAGUAUGGAUGCAACUGAUAGAAAUAGUGCCUACAAGUUUCAAAGUUUGGUUCUAGAAGAUUACAAUGCUAGUACAAACGCAUGGAUGGAGACAGAGUCGACGACUAAUUUAUCGGAGACGGAUACGUCAAUUAGCGACCCGAAGAAAGUGAAACGAAGAGUGCGAAACAACGUCCGUAGCACUAGAGUCAAUUCCGCCUACACACCCCACAAUCGAUUGUCACGGUAUAAAACGGCGCUGAAUAGUAUUAUACCCUUCCGAACAAGUAAUACAGGAAAAAGAGAUCUUCCGGUGGACAAUGUCGGAUGUUUAUCAAACAGCUCCUUCUCGUGGGUACGAAAGUUUCUUAUCACAUCGGAACAACAGAGAAACUAUCAAAGUUUACCAAUGAACGCAAACAGCGCCAGCUCGAAUGAUGCCUUUCUUCUCCCGAAGCAACCUUUCAGUGAUAGCUGUGAAGAAAAUUGCCGCCGACUUCUCGGUAUCUACAAGGACGAGGAAAGCCUUAACGGGCGCAAGAAGGUGUCCAUGUUCAAAGUGGUCUGGCGCUUCACGAAAACUCGUCUCCUGAUAGCAUCAAUGUUCCACUGCUUGGCCAUACUGCUGGCAUUUGCGGGCUUACACGUGUUUGCGAAUUUAACCAUCGAAUCCAUGCAGACUGUGGUGGCCAAAGGUUGUGCCAACUGCAGUGCCAUAUCCAAUUGCUCCAACGUUCCGGCGAUGAUUCUCGGCAUACAGUUCAGCAUGAAUCGGGACGUUUGCAACAGUACCGCCACGGUGAUGGCAUCCGAUGGAAGAACAGAUCGUUUGUUACUUUCGAUAGGAGUUUUCCUUUGUUUCUUCGUGGCGUUUUUGUUCAAUAGUGUGAAAAAUUGGCUCAACCUCAGAACAUCUAUUCGACUGAGAACAGCGAUCUUGUCAUCUGUGUAUAAACGUGCUAUGAAAAGUAGCAUUACCAACCAGGUUUCGGCUCACCAGAUCAUGACUAUGGCGAAUGAGGAAAGCGAAUCCAUAUUCCAAAUUGUGCAAUCAGUGGUACACAUGAUUGGUAUAAUAUUUGGAACCGUUCUAUCAUUCAUAUCGGGGUUGUGGCUAUUGUCGUUCUCGGGCAUCCUACCUAUAGUAGGCUCCCUUCCUCUACUGCUAUUGUUGCUGUUAACGGGAACAAUUUCAAAAACUUACUACAGAAAAUUUUUAUCAUUUGGAGCGCUGAAGCUGUCAACGGUUGAAGACCUUUUACUGAAUUUCAAAAAUAUAAAAACUAUUCAACUGGAAACGAUAAUCACCAAAAUAUUCGAUGACUACCUCAGUCGUCAAUAUAAAGCUUAUCAGUGGAGUCACAUCUAUUCUAGUAAAUUUUCUGGAGGUGUGACAUCCGCAAUUCUGGUCGGUGGACUGUAUCUGAUAUGGUGUGAUGUGAACAUUAAAACCGAGAGUACAGAAGUCCUUACUUUGCUGUUGAUAUACGUCUAUCUUGUUCUGAGAAUCACUGUAGACUUGUACCAUUCGAUCCACCAUAUUUUACAAGGUAAGGCAUCGUUUGAAAAAAUCAAGCGAUCAUACCAAUUGACCACCCCCGAUAAUGUACGAUUGAAGCCAAACCGAGAGAACUUGGUUGUUCAGAUGAAUGAUUUAGAGGCAGAAUGGCCUACCGUAGCUGGCGAAAUAUCAAACGGUUUCAAGUUAUGCCUGGACAGCUUUGAAAUAGUGAAUGGACAAAUUAUUGGCGUAACGGGAAACUCGGGAGCAGGGAAAAGUACACUGCUGCAUACAAUACUAAGGAGCACGGAAGUUAGGAAAGGAAAAGUUCUUCAGAGAGGUAAACUUGCGUUCUUCCCGUCUAAAUUAGUGUUGUUGAACGCGAGCCUGAAGGACAAUGUUUUAUUUGGAGAACCCAUGGAUACAAAUAGAUACUAUUCUGCUAUCCAUGCCAUGAAACUCAACGAGGACAUCCUGCAAGCAGCCGACGAUAUACCCAUCACAUAUCUGGAACUGACGGCGCAACAGCUCGAACGUAUAGCUCUGGCCCGUGCGAUAUACUGCCAUCGACAGGUAGUGCUAUUGGAUGAACCAUUCACGUGGUACACCAAUCACAAAGAAGCGAAAGAAUUGUUCCUGCAGAUGAUUAGCUGUUUCCAGCAGGAUCACAAAACUGUCAUUAUGGUAACGCGUUGCGACGAUUAUCUACAGCAUUGUGAUCGAGUCUUUCGAAUGGAAAACGGACAAAUUUAUCGUGAAGGUAGCUAUGCAGAAAUCCUGAACAUGCCGUCGCACAUCGAAAUGACCCGAAGAUGUAACGUGGAAACAACCAGUCGUAGUGAGCACGAAUCCUAUGAAGGCAGUAGCCCGUCCGCAUUAUACAUCGCUAGAAUGAAUAAUUCAAAAGCCAAUAGACAUUCCAACCGAUUCAGCAGAGAAAUGGAAGACGUUGAUCUUACGGCAGGGCAAUCAAUUACGACCAAUAUUCGAAGUUUCAGUCUAUGCGACUAUACAACCCUUGCGUUCCUCCAUCUGGUUAACAACAUCCUCUUCUUCGGGCCAAUUUUUAUACUGGUGGUCAUUGUGGAGCAAGGCGAUAUAAAUCCAUGGCUCAGCACCAUCUGCUUGGGAGUGAUCUGCUGUGCUUUCGUGAUGGAUAGUUUUUCAAAAAUCUAUGUGGCUCGCGCAACGGCCCAACGAAACAUAUCCUACCAACAAUCUUUACUAAAAACGGUAUUGACAUGCUCCUUAACGCAGCUUCUUUCGACAAGCGUAUCAGAUUUGGUGGAUCUGUUCGCGGACACUAUCUCCAUGAGACUCUCCCUAAUAAGCAACUGCAUCCACUAUGGGUGGAUCAUUGUACUGUCGACAAGUUUACUUGUAAUUGCUAACUUUUGGACAGCACCGAUCGCGCUAGUUUUGCCGAUUUUGGCGGUUGUGUUGAUAUUAUCGCUUAAGUACACCAUGCAGCAUUUAUGUAAUCACGAGCAUCACUCUAGACGAAGCAUGUUAACGAUACUCACUAACCAUUUGAGCGGACGCGUCGUAAUACAAUCUUUUGACUACGUGUCCAACUUCGUACAUGAAUUUUAUGGCAAAGUCGAGGAGAAUAGCACUGCCGUUUUCAUGCAAAAGUCCAUACAGUAUUUUGCAGAAUUUUGGCUCAAUUUUACUGCCUACUUUUUCGGACUUUUUGGGCUGCUACUAAUUCUCUUGGCAACUCCACAAUCGGAACUCUCGAUCCAUCGAUACGUGCUGGCAAUGUUCUCUUAUUUAACACUGGUCAACGGAGUACUCAAAUUCAUGGAAACUAUUUUGGCUGUGACGGCUGCUGCCAAGAAAAUUGAUAUUCUUCGAAAUAAUAUACAAGACCUACAAAUUAUCAACGAAAGCCAUCGGCCAACGUCUUUAACCAACUCAGACAUUGGAGUGUCGGUUAACUUCAAAGACAUCGUAUACCGAGUGGCCAAUCGAAAACUCCUCAGAAUUCCAAAGUUGAACAUUCAAGCUGGGGAAACGGUUGCCAUCACCGGCUCAGGAAGCAAACUCAUCGUGCCGCUUAUAUGUCGCAUUUUUUCACCCAACAAAGGCACGGUCAGCCUAAAUCAAAUUGAUCUCACCCAUCUCAGCAUCGCCCAGCUGAUGGAACAGGUUGGAGUUAUUCCGUGGGAUCCGAAGGCUUCCGGCUUAAGCGUGGGAACCUUCCUUAAUCCGGAUGGAAAAAUACCAUCCGAUCAGAUCAACAAUGUGUUGAUUGAGGUGAAGCUGUUUGAAAGUGUUGCCAGGUUACCUAACAAAAUCGACGAUAUGGUCGAUCGACUGACGCUCGGAGAUAGGCAGCUGCUAUGUUUGGCUCGGUGUUAUCUCAGGAAACCAGCGCUCCUAAUCGUGGAACAGAUGCAUCCAGCGAUAAUUGAUAUCAUCAGUAGUGCAAUCAAGCAGAAAUUUGCAGAGCAAACAGUCAUUAUCAUUGCUUCCCACGAGGUACAGCAUAGGGAUAUCUGCGAGAGACUAAUAAACUUAGAUAGUUUGUAACUACAAUAAUGUUCGGAUUCUAAUAAAAAAAAUGACAAGCUUUUUUUUCUAAAGUCGAAUACUUUAUUUAUGUUCAAGGAAAAAGAACCACAAAUCUUUACAAAUAAAUAAAACAGUGAAAUAUAUAUGUAUUCAUGUAUAUCACGAAUAGUGUGUUAUUUUUCUUCUCUUUUUUAUGUUUUGCUUCUUUUUUUGGUAUUUUCAUCUCCAAACAUUACUCGGAUCUGAUUUGAGUGUUUCCGGUCACAUGGUAUUUUUUUGUCUUUUUUGUCUUUUUUCUUUGACUGGAAAAAUAUUACUAUUAAGCAGCAAAAUUGUAUAUAUGUACGUUGUAUAUAUAAUAUGUAUUGUAUAUAUUAGCAUACCUUUGUUUUUUUAUGCAAUUUCAAUAUAUUUGAGUAUGUCUCUAAUACAAAGUCCUGCAGAAAUUUGACUCGCAUUUAAAUAGUGUUCAACUAAGAAAUACCCUGAUGAUAUAAUAAGUAAAGGACUACCGAUCAUAUUGGUUUUUUUCUGCUUGCUCUUUUUAAUAUUUGACGCGUUUGUAAGUGUGGUUGCAUUAAUUGCGUAACAUUUGAAGAAAACUCACCAAAUUUCUUUCCCACAUAAAUAUGUUUGCGUUGUUGGAAUACAACAAAUAAAUUUUCGAUGUAAAUCAACAACAUCUACAAGUUUGAGAAAACUCAAUUCAAACAACAACAGAUGAAAAAAAGGUUUCAAUAAUUCGUUUUUGUAUUAAUUUACAAUAAGUAAAAAAUAAUGGACAAAUCAAGCUUCAACUACUCAAACAUAUUUGCUAGGGAUUGGUUCAAUUUUGAAUGUUUUGCAAGUUUGUGUUUCUAUUUGACUUAAGAUUCCAUGUAAGUGAAAAUUCUACGGUCGCAAGACGACAAGCGCACUACAUUCUAAUGCAAUGUCUCUUUGCCAACAUUGCUACUAAAUACAAGAGCGACGGAGAGUUUGGGGAAUCAAUUUGCAGGCUAUUGCUGUGAUUUGGUCGAGUAGUUUUCGAACAUGAAUGAUGUCGAUAGAUAAUUUAAAUUUAACAAUUAUGUAAUGAGUUUCUAUUACUCAUAUAUGACCAAAUUCAGUCAUAUAUGAGUUACUGGAACCAACUUCGACUGAAUUGCGCUGCUAGGACAAGUUAUAUGUAGAGAGUGAGUGAGUAUCCUAAGAUAGGACAAAUACUUAAGGUGAGUUACGGCGGCGUCCAAAAAUGGCAGCCACAAUGGCCGUGCUAUCUCUCACCUCGCGUUUUUGCUCGCACAAAUGUGAAUAUUUAGGCGGUUAGCACAUCUGGAAACCAUUUUUUCAUGUAUGCUGCAAGUGAGCAAAAGUGAAAAACUACUUUUUGCUUUUGUCUGUCGUUUACUUUUCAAGUUAUGUGCCCUCAAAAGUGCUAUGUAGAUUUGAAAUUGGGCUCCAACGCGAUUCACCUUAACGUAAACUCAUCAGCCUAGGGCUGAAAACCUCAGUUGUGCUUAUUAUACGUCUCGCGUGACUCGCCUAGCAAACAUCAUUUUUUGCCAAAUUCAAAAUUCAAAUUUGAGCUCAAAAAUGCAAAUCGGUUCCAGAAUUUUCCAAGCUUAAAAAUGCAAAACUUCUGUGUAUUCGAUAACUCGGCACCAACAUGACAAAAGGGCGAAAGAAAAGCUUCUCCCGUCGCUGGUAAACUAAUUUGAGCCCACCCACGCAAGUCGAAUUUAUGGUAAAUGGAAAAAAUGAGCGCAUU